AUGUUCGAUUCUGCAGCUGCCCCGGCGACUCAAUACCCAUGUCCGGGUCCGCCAGAGGCGCCCGUGAUGUUUCUGGCCCUGACUCUAGUUUCACUUGUGGCGGGCGCUAUGGCAGGUGGCGCUGGUUGGCAAGGCGGUGGUUUUGAUAGCGGGUCCUCCAUCGGUGUAGCUCGUUCCUCCUUUGGUGGCGGCUUUAGUGGUUCUGGAGGUUACGGGCAAUCUGCUGGCGGGUGGGGUGGAAGCGGAGCAGGUCGAUCGGGUGGAAGUUGGAGUGGGUCCAACUUUGGACGAUCUGGAGGUAGCAAUGGCUUUAGUGGAUCUAGUUUUGGCCGAUCUGGAGGUGGAAGUAGUUGGGGCGGAUCAGGGCUCGGUCGAUCCGGAAGUGGCGGAUGGGGUGGCUCAGGAUCCAACUCGUUGGGCCGCUCUGGAGGAUGGGAUUCUGGAUCGGGAGGUUACAGCAGUGGUAAAUCUUCAAAUGGCUGGGAUAGCUCGAGCCUUGGAGGUCGCUCGAAUGGCGGUUGGUAA